CAGACUUGCUAUAAUUUUAAGCGUGUUGAAAAAGGAUAUGGGCUGACUGUUUGCCUCGUCGUUGUGCGCUCUGCCCUGGGAGAUGAUCACGGCACUCACCCAGAUGCUAUGGAUAUGGCUGUUGAACACAAGCAAUCUGGUGAGUCAGAGGAACGAAAUGAUGAUACGUUUUUUGCAAUCGAUGUCCAAGUGGGAGUGCGAUUGUGGUCUGCUUGAGAAGCCAAAAACAUCGCUGACCGCUCCUAUAGGACGAUUUCUCUACUGCCAAAGGUAAUUCUGAUCCUCUGCUGCACGGUACCGAUAAGGUGGAACAUC